CUAAGAACAGCUCAGUUUUGGGAAACAUCGAGUUCUCACGGGAACCAAAUUGUGCCAAGUAAGGUGACGCUCGGAAGUUGGCCAAAAGAUUGUUAAGGGUUGCAAUGGCGCCAGUGACAAAUGACAGUCGUGGUUCCAUCGAGCCGUUUGUAGCUGCGAACAGCAUGGGCUACAACCAGAAAGUUGAAGGCCUGAACACCGUCCUAGUGACGGGAGGGGCCGGUUUCGUUGGGUCUCACACCAUCGUAGAACUCCUGAAGGUCGGUUACGAGGUGGUCGUUGUGGACAACUUCGUGAAUUCUAUUCCGCCACAGAAUGGAUCGAAACUUCCCCCGGUCCUCGAGAGAGUCCAGAAGAUCACCGGCAAAACUCUGCACUUCCAUGAACUCGACCUUACCGACCGCGAGUCACUUCGGAAACUGUUUAAAAUGCACAAGAUAGGAGCUGUGAUCCAUUUCGCUGCUUUGAAAGCCGUCGGAGAAUCGGUCAAGCGUCCACUCGAUUACUACUUUAACAACAUAACCGGAACAGUCACUUUGCUGCAGGUGAUGGGCGAAGUUGGACUGAAGCGUCUGGUUUUCUCAUCUUCGUCUACCGUGUAUGGAUCAGCUAAGUAUUUCCCCACUGACGAAGAGCAUACCACUGGAGUGGGGGUUACGAAUCCUUACGGAAGAACCAAGUUUGUUUGUGAGGAGAUCAUGAAAGACCUCGCAAAGACUUCAAAGGACUGGCAGAUAGUCCUCCUGCGGUAUUUUAACCCCGUGGGAGCCCACGAUUCCGGGAUGAUUGGCGAGGAUCCCCUGGACAUUCCUGUCAACCUGAUGCCCUACAUUGCCCAGUGUGCAGUCGGCAGGAGAGAGAGGGUUGAUGUCUUUGGAGGGGACUGGGAGACAAGAGAUGGGACAUGUAUUCGAGACUUCAUGCACGUUAUGGACCUAGCUGAGGGGCACAAUGCUGCCCUGGGCAAGCUCUUCGAUGAAAAUUUCUCCGGAGCCAAGGCUUACAAUCUGGGCAGAGGUCAGGGAGUAACUGUCUUGGAAAUGAUAGCAGCUUUCAGCAGGGCAUGUGGAAAAGAAAUCCCUUACGAAAUAGUAGGGAGGCGAAAUGGUGAUGUCCGGCAGACAACUUCAUCAGGAAAACUUGCGGAGAAAGAACUUGGAUGGAAAGCUCGUCGCACAGUGGACAAUAUGUGUGCUGAUGCCUGGAGAUGGCAGAGCAACAAUCCUAAUGGAUAUCGGACCUAAGCUUCCCCAUGAGGACAUUCCAUUUACUGAGAAGAACCUGAUGUUACUAAAUAAAACCAAAGCACAUGGUUGGCCAUUUAUAGCUGCUUAAUCUCCUACACUCCCAUUUAGGAAGAUUGAGAAACGUUUACGUUAAUAUGACACAAAUAGCAAUAAAUGCAAUUCAUGGUAUUAAUUACGGCCUAUCAGCAAUGUUUUGAGAUAAAAAAAUAUUAGAAAGUUCAAGAAUGUCAAAUUAAAAACAAACUGAGUCUCACUUAGAACUAAGAAUGUAUUAUCAAAGUACUUAAACAAUGUACAGUAUAAUGACCGUCUCUGUUCAGUGUGCUAUAUUGUUAUUAAAUUGAUAUACAUCACAAAAAUGACUAAA